AUGGAUCAUCACCGGUGUAUAAGGUUUGGUACAUUAAGGGUAUUUUAUCCCGAUGAAUUAGAAAAUUCUACAGGAAUCGAUUUUCAUGGUAAUGGGAAAAUUAGAGAUUACUGUCCUAUUGUAGAUUCAGGAAAUAAAGAAUGUAGGACUGAUCUCGAUAAAAUUAAGGCUGGAUUUAUAUGGUUAUUUAAUCAAAUUAUUGUUAAUAAGAUUAACAAUUUAAAUAAAGAUCAGAUCGAAAUAUUUAUUAUACACAUUAUGAUAUGGUUCAGUUAUAUGUUAAACAUAAAGAAUGUUAUGGAGUUUGAGGAUAUAAAUGAAUUUUAUGAUAAAUAUAUAAAAAAUGAUGAUGAGUAUAAUAAGUCUAUAACUAAUGUUAGUGAUUAUAAUAGUUAUAAGGAAAUCAUAGAUAAAAAAAAAGAUUUGUUGAAUAUUAAUUUUGAUGAUAUAUCUAAUUUUUAUGCUGCAUUUAAAUUAUUAUGUAGCAUGCAUACUGAUUUUAGUGCAAACAAUCCAAAUUGCACGGAAUAUAUAGAAAAAUCUAAUGAAUUUGUUUCAAAAUAUACAAGCCUUAAUGAUGAUUCUAAUAAUAUUGAUGGCAGUUCAUAUAGACAAGUAUUGUGUACUUUAUCAAAUGAUUAUGAUAAUUUUAAAAAGAAAUGUAAUGAUGUUAAUUGUAUGGAUAUUCCAUCCCUUCCAACGAUAAAAGCAACGCAAGUUUCUGUAAACAAUCCUGAAGAAACUUCUUUACACAAUUCUGGAGUCACAUCAUCAAGUUCGUCGAUACCAAACACAUUAAUUCUAGUUUUAUCGAUAUUUGGUGUAAUAGCAUUUUUUUUAGGGAUUUCUUAUAAGUAUUCGUUAUUUGGAUUUCGAAAACGAUCUCAAAGACAACAUUUAAGAGCAAAGCUAAAAAAUAAAUAA